GCUGCAGGGGUUGAAUGGGGCAGAGCAGGGGCUCGGGUUAGCGUUGUAAACGUCAUGCUCCUAAUCCAGAGCGGAAACUCCUCCCGAAUCCCAACUCCGGCAACGAAAGAAAGAGGAAUACCAAAGAAUCAGGAAACGCGGAGAAACAAUGCAAUAAACGACCUAACUAAGAAACCAAAACCUGUUCCAGAAAGACGGUGCUCCAGUGCACAAGCUGUAUAUUACAAGAAAUGCAGACUUGAAAGCAACCACCCAAGAGAUUACUGUGUUCCUGGUGAAAUGGGGUUCGGUCAGGACCUAAGAAACUCCCACGAGGGCCUAAUCAAACUGCAGGACUGGGAGCUGAAGCUACUAGAAACAGUGAAGCGCUUUAUGACUCUUCGUGUUAAGAGUGACAAGGAGUAUGCAUCACUUCUUCUCAACAUUACCCAGCAAGUGGACAAACAAGACAACUCCUCACAGAUCCAGUACAUCAGCACUGUCUCUAAGUCGUGGGCUCAGAUGGUACAGCAGACAGAACAGCUUAGUAAGAUCAUGAAGUCUAAUGCUGAAGAGCUGAAUUCUGGCCCACUACAUCGUCUCACCAUGAUGAUCAAAGACAAACAGCAGUUGAAGAGAAGCUACCAGAGUAUCCACCAGCAGAUUGAGUUUGAGUUAAACAAGGUUACAAAAACUGAUAUUGAAAAGCUGAAGGGUGUUUACAAACAAUUAACUAAAGAUGCUCAUAGUGCCAAAGAGAAAUACAAGGAGGCAAUUAUGAAAGGUAAGGAGCCAGAGAAGGCCCGUGAACGCUAUGACAAAGCCACCAUGAAGCUGCACAAUUUGCACAACCAGUAUGUGCUAGCAGUGCAUAGUGCACAGCUCCACCAUGAACAUUAUCAUGAAAACACUCUCCCUCUCCUGCUCGACUCUUUGCAGAAGAUGCAAGAGGAGAUGGUCAGCGCCUUGAAGGGGAUACUUGAAGAGUACAGUGAAAUCACCAGUCUCUUAACCGAUGAAAUAGUAAAGGUCCACAAAGAAAUAAACACCUGUAUUGAUCUAAUUGAUUCUACAUCGGAAUAUGAAAACUUUAUUGAAGUGUACAGGUCACCUAAAACCAACGAACCAAAUGUAGAAUUUGAUGUCUCGUUGUUAGAGGAAACAGAGAAUCUCCAAGCCAAUGAGAUUCUAUGGAAUAAUUUAACAGCAGAAAGUUUACAAGCAAUGUUAAAGUGUACAACCGAGGAGCUUGUGUUAACCCAAAAGAGUCUACGCAGUAAGGAGGACCUAAUGGCUGACCUGCAGAGCAAAAUUGAGGAGUAUACCAAGCAUUUCGAGAAGAAGUCAGAUAAGGUGCUGUUGCUGAGUCAGAAGCAGUCGCUGGAAGAAUUAAAACAGAUGGUGCAGCUCCUACGCUGCUCAGAAGCCAAAUUGAGCUCCCAGAAGAGGAUGCUAGAGCAAAAGAUGCAGGAGAAUGAGGGCAAGGAACCUCCAGCUGUAGUCAAUUAUGAGGAAGAUGCACGAUCCAUCAACUCAAUGGACAAAAGUAAAGACAGAACUUCAAAGUUUGACACUCUUCGCCACUCUAUUGCUGGCAUUAUUCGUUCCCCAAAGUCUGUACUGGGCUCAUCCUCAUUCAUUGAUGUGAUCCCCAUCAGUGAUAAGCCUUUGGGGGAACAGGAGUGGUACCAUGGGGCGAUUCCACGCACUGAGGCUCAAGAGCUGCUUAAGCAGCAAGGUGACUUCUUGGUUCGUGAGAGCCAUGGCAAGCCUGGCGAGUAUGUGCUCUCUGUCUUCUCAGAUGCCCAGCGCAGACACUUCAUCAUUCAGUUUGCAGAUAAUCAGUAUCGAUUUGAAGGCACUGGAUAUUCCACCAUUCCGCAGCUGAUUGAGCACCAUUACUCUACAAAACAAGUCAUUACUAAAAAGUCUGGAGUCAUGUUAUUAAACCCUGUAUUAAAGGAUAAAAAAUGGAUUCUUAAUCAUGAGGAUGUCAUUCUUGGAGAACUUUUAGGAAAGGGCAAUUUUGGUGAGGUGUUCAAAGGAAUGUUGAAGGAUAAGACACCUGUGGCUGUGAAGACUUGUAAAGAGGAUCUCCCACAAGACCUCAAGAUUAAAUUUCUUUCAGAGGCAAGGAUCCUUAAGCAGUAUGAUCAUCCCAACAUUGUGAAGCUAAUAGGAGUCUGUACACAAAGACAGCCGAUUUAUAUAGUGAUGGAACUUGUGCCAGGAGGGGAUUUCCUUUCAUUUUUGAGGAAGAAGAAGGAAGACCUCAAAACAAAACAGCUACUAAAGUUUGCCUUGGAUGCAGCUGCAGGAAUGGCCUACCUGGAGCUUAAGAACUGCAUCCACAGGGAUUUAGCUGCCCGGAACUGCCUCGUGGGGGAGAACAGCCUUUUGAAAAUCAGUGACUUUGGCAUGUCACGCCAGGAAGAUGAUGGGAUUUAUUCAUCUUCUGGCCUCAAGCAAAUUCCAAUAAAGUGGACUGCACCCGAGGCACUUAAUUAUGGGAGAUACAGCUCAGAGAGUGAUGUGUGGAGCUAUGGGAUCCUGCUGUGGGAGACAUUUAGUCUGGGAGUAUGUCCAUACCCAGGCAUGACCAACCAGCAAGCCCGUGAACAAGUUGAAAAAGGGUACAGAAUGUUGUGCCCACAAAAGUGCCCAGAUGAGGUCUACAAUAUCAUGCAGAGGUGCUGGGAUUACAAACCUGAAAAUCGACCCAAGUUUGCUGAAAUUCUAAGGGAGCUGUCUUCUGUCAGGAAAAAAUAGAUCCCACUUAUAUAAUGGGCACAGGCUAAAGCCAUACAUAUGAUUUCACUCUUAUUCACAAAGAGAAAUGGCCAAAUAUUUUUCCUUCGUGUCCAUUGCUACAUAAGAAUUUUGCACAUUUUCUUUCCAAUGACUGAAUGAAUUGCAGAUGCAGCAUUUGUUUGUGAGCCAAUAAAAGGGGGCAUGGUAUUGAUUUUUUUUCAUGUAAUAAUGUCAGUAUUUCUGUGAUGAACUGUACAUUUCUUAUAUGAUAGAUAGUGAAUAGAGAAAAGAAUAUUCAGUAUAAGAGAGUGUUUAUCUCCAAGUUGUAUUCUACUGUUAUUGUUAACAAUGACACCUGAGGGAAAACUAUGGAAAAUGUUUUUUUUUUCUUCUUCAUUCAUUUGAGUCAUGAUUUCUUUAGCAUUAUAACUUAGAUAAAGCCACUUAAGAGUAGUUUUUCGUUCAAAGACAUAAAAUGUGGUUAUUGUGGUAUUGAAUCAAUUUAAGCAUUCCAUUUUGCAUUCAGACUACUUGUUUAGGAUUUAAUUAAGUAAUGAAUUGUAAGAUACACUGCUGAAAUAAUGUGUGGAAUAUUUUUGAAGGGAACUGUUCAAACUCAACAGACUGGACUUCACAUUACAUGCAGUCAUUGUUUGCUACUUUUUGCUAAUUGGAAAAUAUCUGUCAGAACAAUGUCUCUGCUUCACUAAAGUUUCAUAACUUUGACAACUGGCCUGCUAAUGUUCUGCAUAGGCUUUCAAGGAAGUAGGGUAUCCAGUUGUUGCAUUACAAUUGAUAUCAACUUUAAAGGUCUGUUUAUUAUUAGUUAAAGCUUAAAAAAAAUUAUCACUAUGAAAAGCUCAUUUUGUAAUUAUUAUUUUCAGACAACACAUAUUGAAAAUGUAACUUGGAAAGUGUUUGAUAUACAUUUAAAUAAAAUAUAAUUACAUGAAAUCAUCAAAUAUAUAUAAAAAAAAAAAACCUUUAGGGUUCAUUAAGCUAAUUCUUUCUUCUGAUCAUUUCACCUCGGUUAUUUGUUUGAACAGUGCCUUACAAAUGAAUUACUUCUGUAUUACUGUAAAUAGAUUCUGCAGCGUAAUAAUUUUGUUGGUUUUUGUCCAAAUUAUAAUGAAUUUAACGUGCCAAUGAGCUUUUUGUUCCUGUGUGGCCAAGCAUCACUGUGUUCUCAUAUAAUUAUAACAUUUGCACGUUUGAAAUUGUGUUAAAAUCAUCUUGGUAUCCUAUGUAGUGUUUGAUUGAAAGGGUCGGUCAUCAUGUGAAAUGUUUGUACUAACUGAUAAAAAUUCUUGACAGAGUGUAUAUCAUUUGGCAAUGAUACAGUCAUAUAAUUAUGAUUCAGGUACCUCUUUCAGAUGAUAAACUAUUAGCAGUGGUUUCUUGUCGGAUGUGGUUAAAUCUACUGCUGACUUGGGUUUUAUGUUCCCCUUGAUUUGCUUUUCAUUUACCCAACAUUUUAUUUAUUCCAAAAACUGUUAUUCUUUGUUGUUUUCAUUUUUAUUACUAGUCAACAUACCUCCUACUGUAAAUGUAUUUACAUUUUAUAUAAUAUUUUCUCAUACACUGACCCAGCUAUUUUCUUACUUUUUUCCACCAUGUUUUGUGACCAUAAUCAAACUUUAAAGAACUGCCAGGUGUCACAGUGGGAAAAAAAAAACGUGCAUUGUUGUUUUGGUUUUAUAAUUUAUGGUAAAUAAACUAACUACAAAAGCA